AUGUCAGAGGAGGACGAGGACCAGCCGCCGCCCAAGCGCCCCACCAGCGCGUCGCCGCCCGCGGACCAGGUGCUCGACAACGUGCUCGAGACGGUGCUCCAGUUCCUGGACGCCCCGCGGGACCGGAGCGCCGCCUCCCUCGUCUGCCGCUCCUGGCACCGCGCCGAGUCCGCCACCCGCGAGUCCGUCGCCGUCCGCAACCUCCUCGCCGCCUCGGCCGCCCGCACCGCGCGCCGCUUCCCCAACGCGCGGAGCCUCCUCCUCAAGGGCCGCCCGCGCUUCGCGGACUUCAACCUCCUCCCGCACGGAUGGGACGCCUCCGCCUUCCGACCCUGGGCUGCCGCCGUCGCCGCCGGGGCCUUCCCCGCGCUCGCCUCGCUCUACCUCAAGCGCAUCCCCGUCACGGACGCUGACCUCGACCUCCUCUCCCGCUCCCUCCCGGCGUCAUUCCGCGACCUCACCCUGCACCUCUGCGACGGCUUCACCUCGCGCGGGCUCGCCUCCAUCGCCUCCCAUUGCAGGGGCCUGCGAGUGCUCGACGUGGUGGAGUGCGACAUGGCCGACGAGCAGCAGGAGGCCGUGGACUGGGUGGCCGCGUUCCCGCCGGAGCCCACCAACCUCGAGUCGCUCUCCUUCGAGUGCUACGAGCCGCCCGUGGCCUUCGCCGCGCUCGAGGCGCUCGUGGCGCGGUCCCCGCGCCUCAGCCGCCUGGGUGUCAACCAGCACGUCUCGCUCGGCCAGCUGUGCCGCCUCAUGGCGCUCGCGCCCAGCUUGUCGCACCUGGGCACCGGGUCGUUCCGCCCGGCGGAAGGCGGCGAGGAGGGGACAGGAUUCGGGGAGGUUGUCAAUGCAUUCGUGUCCGCUGGGCGGGCGCGCACGCUUGUUUCUCUCUCCGGCUUCCGUGACCUCGCCCUCGCGCAAGAGUACCUGCCGACCAUCGCCGUGGUGUGCGCCCACUUGAAGAGCCUUGACUUAAGCUACACCGCGGUCACCCCGAAUCAGAUUCUCGUGUUCAUUGGGCAAUGCUACAACCUUGAGACACUAUGGGUACUUGACUCGGUGCGCGACGAAGGGCUCGAGUCCGUGGGAAAUUCUUGCAAGAAGCUCCAGUCUCUUCGUGUGCUCCCAUGGAAUACACAUGAGGAUGCCGACGAGUUGGUAUCAGAGGUUGGCCUUACUGCCAUCUCACGGGGCUGCCCUGCUCUCCGCUCGAUAUUAUAUUUUUGCCAGAGAAUGACCAACGCUGCUGUUGUGGCCAUGUCGCGCAACUGCCCGGAGCUCAAGGUGUUCCGGUUAUGUAUAAUGGGACGGCACCAGCCGGACCAUGAGACUGGGGAGCCUAUGGAUGAAGGAUUCGGUGCCAUUGUUCAGAAUUGCAGCAAGCUUACCAGGUUAUCCACGUCCGGGCAACUUACUGACAGGGCAUUUGAGUACAUUGGCAGGUAUGGCAAGUCCCUGCGGACACUCUCUGUAGCGUUCGCUGGAAACAGCGAUGUGGCGCUGCAAUACAUCCUCCAGGGCUGUUCAAAACUAGAGAAGCUUGAGAUAAGGGAUUGCCCUUUCGGCGAUGCUGGCCUCCUCUCUGGGAUGCACCAUUUCUAUAACAUGCGGUUCGUCUGGAUGUCAGGCUGCAACCUGACCCUGCAAGGAUGCAAGGAGGUGGCUCAGGGGCUACCACGAAUGGUGGUGGAGUUGAUAAAUGGGCAGCCUGAUGAGAAUGAAAGGAAUGAAAGUGUGGACAUCUUAUACAUGUAUCGGUCACUCGAUGGUCCAAGGGAAGAUGUGCCACCAUUUGUGAAGAUCCUGUGA